AACCAAUCCAAUGAUGAACAGUUUAAUAAUUUUAUGAAUAAAUACUCAAUUUUUUUGACCAAUUUAAUCAAUAUCCUCAAAUUGAAAGAUGUUAAUAUAGUAUUAAGCUUAUACUAUCUUUACAAAUAUAACUUGAACCAAAUUAAUCACGUUAAUAUCGAAGAUGACUUAAGUCUAUUCACCAAUUUAGUAAUAAUAAGUUUAAUUCUCUCCAAUAAAACAUUUAACGAUCAAUCAUACACUUUGAAGACCUGGAAAAAUAUAAUUAAUGAACAGGACUAUAAAAUAUCCCUCCCACUAUUAAAUCAAUUAGAAAAUCAUUUUUUAACCGUGACAAAUUACCAAGUCAAUUUUAAUAAAAUCGAUCAGGACGAUCAUUUUUGG